AUGGACAUUGAAGCAACAAGAACAUUACCCUUACUCAACUCAUCAAACAUGACUGAAAUGGCCUAUGGCUCCGGUGCAAACAUUAUUGAUGUGCUCUUGUAUGGCAGCAACUUUGUCCCUGUCAAAAGGAUAGACACUGGCGAUGGUAUGAAAUCCAGAUUUUUUUCUUGUAAUUCUUUAAAAUUCAUGUUAUGUUCUUUCGUUUGACCAUCUUGUAAGAGUUAAAAUGUAUUUUUAAAAUUAUUUCAGGUAUGUUUUUUUCAGUGGGUAAACUGUGCAUCCAUAUGGGUUGUUUCUAUGAUCGGCGACUUGAAACUCAACUCUCCUAAAUUCCAUCCGUUGGCAAUGCUGGGAGGAGCAAUCUGGGCCACAGGUACGACUCCAACUUUUUAAGCUGCACCAAACCUGCACACAGAUAUCAAAUGGAUUGGGCCUACACUCUGAACUACUGAAAUGUUUUCAUCAAUGUUGUCCCCAUAGUAAAAGCCAUUGGAUUUGGACUUGGAAUUUCUAUUUGGGGAUCCAGCAGUUUGCAUAUAGGCUGGGCAAGUUCAAGGUAAGUUAAUUGCAGGACUUUCACAUAAUAAUCAUAUUUUCAAUAAGUCAUCGUACAGGUUACUGCCAAAAUAAAGGAAACACUUGAGUGAAUGAAGGAUACAUAUUGAAAGCAGGUGCUUCCACACAGGUGUGGUUCCUGAGUUGAUUAAGCAAUUAACAUCCCAUCAUACUUAGGGUCAUGUAUAAAAAUGGCCAGUUGCCUAUUAUUUUGGCUACCAUGGCUAGAAGAGAUCUCAUUGAAUUUGAAAGAGGUGCAUAGGGGGUUUAAAUGGUGUGUGUAUGUGUUUCUCAGUCACAAGAUCUCAAACCAAUUGAACACUUAUGGCCGAUUCUGGAGGGGCGCCUGAGACAGCGUUUUCGACCACCAUCAACAGAACACUAAAUUAUGGUAUUUCUUGUGGAAGACUGGUGUUGCAUCCCUCCAACGUAGUUCCAGACACUUAUAGAAUCUAUGCCAAGGCGUAUUGAAGUUGUUCUGGUUUGUGGUGGCCCAACGCCCUAUUAAGACACUUUAUUUUGGUGUUUCUUUUAUUUUGGCAAUUACAUGUACAGUGAGGGAAAAAAGUAUUUGAUCCCCUGCUGAUUUUGUACGUUUGCCCACUGACAAAGACAUGAUCAGUCUAUAAUUUUAAUGGUAGGUUUAUUUGAACAGUAAGAGACAGAAUAACAACAACAAAAUCCAGAAAAACGCAUGUCAAAAAUGUUAUAAAUUGAUUUGCAAUUUAAUGAGGGAAAUAAGCAUUUGACCCCCUCUCAAUCAGAAAGAUUUCUGGAUCCCAGGUGUCUUUUAUACAGGUAACGAGCUGAGAUUAGGAGCACACUCUUAGAGGGAGUGCUCCUAAUCUCAGUUUGUUACCUGUAUAAAAGACACCUGUCCACAGAAGCAAUCAAUCAAUCAGAUUCCAAACUCUCCACCAUGGCCAAGACCAAAGAGCUCUCCAAGGAUAUCAGGGACAAGAUUGUAGACCUACACAAGGCUGGAAUGGGCUACAAGACCAUCGCCAAGCAGCUUGGUGAGAAGGUAAAAACAGUUGGCAAUUCGCAAAUGGAAGAAACACAAAAUAACUGUCAAUCUCCCUCGGCCUGGGGCUCCAUGCAAGAUCUCACCUCGUGGAGUUGCAAUGAUCAUGAGAACGGUGUGGAAUCAGCCCAGAACUACACGGGAGGAUCUUCUCAAUGAUCUCAAGGCAGCUGAGACCAAAGUCACCAAGAAAACAAUUGGUAAUACACUACGCCGUGGAGGACUGAAAUCCUGCAGCGCCCGCAAGGUCCCCCUGCUCAAGAAAGCACAUAUACAGGGCCGUCUGAAGUUUGCUAAUGAACAUCUGAAUGAUUCAGAGGAGAACUGGGUGAAAGUGUUGUGGUCAGAUGAGACCAAAAUCGAGCUCUUUUGCAUCAACUCAACUCGCCGUGUUUGGAGGAGGAGGAAUGCUGCAUAUGACCCCAAGAACACCAUCCCCACCGUCAAACAUGGAGGUGGAAACAUUAUGCUUUGGGGGUGUUUUUCUGCUAAGGGGACAGGAUAACUUCACCGCAUCAAAGGGACGAUGGACGGGGCCAUGUACCGUCAAAUCUUGGGUGAGAACCUCCUUCCCUCAGCCAGGGCAUUGAAAAUGGGUCGUGGGUGGGUAUUCCAGCAUGACAAUGACCCAAAACACACGGCCAAGGCAACAAAGGAGUGGCUCAAGAAGAAGCACAUUAAGGUCCUGGAGUGGCCUAGCCAGUCUCUAGACCUUAAUCCCAUAGAAAAUCUGUGGAGGAAGCUGAAGGUUCAAGUUGCCAAACGUCAGCCUCGAAACCUUAAUGACUUGGAGAAGAUCUGCAAAGAGGAGUGGGACAAAAUCCCUCCUGAGAUGUGUACAAACCUGGUGGCCAACUACAAGAAACGUCUGACCUCUGUGAUUGCCAACAAGGGUUUUGCCACCAAGUACUAAAUCAUGUUUUGCAGAGGGGUCAAAUACUUAUUUCCCUCAUUAAAAUGCAAAUCAAUUUAUAACAUUUUUGACAUGCGUUUUUCUGGAUUUUUUUGUUGUUAUUCUGUCUCUCACUGUUCAAAUAAACCUACCAUUAAAAUUAUAGACUGAUCAUGUCUUUGUCAGUGGGCAAACGUACAAAAUCAGCAGGGGAUCAAAUACUUUUUUCCCCUCACUGUAAAGUGUCAGUUCACUUUAAAAAAAAUGGGAAUUCAUAUUUAGUAGUCUUGAAUUCAAUACCAUUUCAAAGGGGAAUAUGGUCUUAGAAUACCAAUUGCGUCAGAAGUAAUUAUAUUUUAUUUCAACAGGUUUGGAUGGUUUGGUAUUGAAGCGCAGGAUGUUGCCAGACCGGUAUUGAACUACUGUGGUGCUGGUUUGUGCUUGUUGAGGUAAUGCGUCAUGAAAGGACUUAAUCCAAUACCUUCAGAAUAGUCUUCUUAUUAGUCAAUUUGUUCAGUAUUUCAGUUAAAGAUGCAGUCCAGGAUCUUAAGCACAACAGAUUUGUAACAUAUAUGAAUAGCGCUUUUUUUCUUGAGCAGAUGGCCGGAGGCCAGAACAUAAUUAAAAAUCAUUUUUGAUUGCAAAUUGACCGCAAGAAGCCCAAACAGAUGUAAUAUUUGACUAAAAACAUUUGUAUAUGAUCACAUACAGUGCCUUCAGAAACUAUUCAUACCCCUUGACUUAUUCCACAUUUUGUUGUUACAGCCUGAAAAUUGAUUGAAUUACUUUUUUUUUUCUCACUCAACUACACACAAUACCCCAUAAUGACAAAGAGAAAACAUGUUUUUAGAAAUUUUAGCAAAUUUAUUGAAAAUGAAAUACAGAAAUAUCUCAUUUAAUAAGUAUUCUCACCCCUGAAUCAAUACUUUGUAGAAGCACCUUUUGCAGAGAUUACAGCUGUGAGUCUUCCUGGGUAAGUCUCUAAGAGCUUUCCACACUUGGAUUGUGCAACAUUUUCCCAUUAUUAUUUUCAAAAAUUCUUAGUUCCUUCAGAUUGGUUGUCGAUCAUUGCUAGACAACCAUUUUCAUAUCUUGCCAUAGAUUUUCAAGCAGAUUUAAAUCAAAACUGUAACUUCGCCACUCAGGAAUAUUGAGUGUCUUCUUGGUAAGCAACUCAUGUGUUGAUUUGGCCUUGUUUUAGGUUAUUGUCCUGCUGAAAGGUGAAUUCAUCUCCCAGUGUCUGGUGGAAAGCAGAAUGAACCAGGUUUUCCUCUAGGAUUUUGCCUGUGCUUAGCUCCAUUCCAUUUCUUUUUUUAUCCUGAAAAAAUCCCCAGUAAUGUGAUACUCAGUAAUGUGUUGAAUUGGAUUUGUCCCAAACCUAACACUUUGUAUUCAGGACAAAAAGUGAAUUGCUUUGCCACAUUUUUUGAAGUAUUACUUUAGUGCCUUGUUGCAAACAGGAUGCAUGCUUCCUUCUUUUCACUCUGUCAUUUAGGUUAGUAUUGUGGAGUAACUACAAUGUAGUUGAUCCAUCCUCAGUUUUCUCCUAUCACAGCCAUUAAACUCUGUAACUGUUUUAAAGUCACCACUGAACUCAUGGUUAAAUCCCUGGGCGGUUUCCUUCCUCUCCGGCAACUGGGUUAGGAAGGACGCCUGUAUCUUUGUAGUGACUGGGUGUAUUGAAACACCAUCCAAAGUGUAAAUAAUAACUUCACCAUGCUCAAAGGAAUAUUCAAUGUCUGCUUCUUUUAUUUUUACCCAUCUACCAAUAGCUGCCCUUCUUUGCGAGGCAUUGGAAAACCUCCCUGGUCUUUGUGGUUGAAUCUGUGUUUUAUAUUUACUGCUCUACUGGGGGACCUUACAGAUAAUUGUAUGUGUGGGGUACAGAGAUAAGGCAGUCAUUCAAACAGGGCCGGCCCCCUCAUUAGGUAGGAUUAGGAGCCCGCUUAUGGCAUUUUUCUGAGCUAAACUGACCAAGACACACCUCCAAUAACACAUAAACGUCACAUUCUUCCCCAAAAUAAUGACAAUUUCUUUCAACCAGUGGCAUAUGGGCUUUUUAGGUUUGCGCUGAUGCCGCCUUAUGAUAAGCAGUGCCCACUUUGUCAAAGGCAGGGACACAAAAUAUGUAUUGUCCAUUCCCAGUGUGACUCUCCAGGGUGCUGUUGGAGAGCUGCAUCGCUCCACCAACAUUACGUCAAAUAAAUAAUCCAACAUAAACCAUGUAGCAGAUAUAGGAUAUGGUGGAAAGAGUAUGUGGCCUUUUCUGUAGCCAACAGGCUGGAGAUAAAAUGUAUGACAAUGUAAUGAGACUGAAACAUUUUAGGCUACAUCCUGCAGGUUUCUCCGAUCAAAUUGACUAACCUAAAUGGCGCCCAAUCAAAUAAAACAUAUGCUGACAUGUUAACAAACAUAUCCUAAAAACAGGUCAAAGUAAAAUGGACAAUAUGGAAUGGACAAUCAAGCAACUAACAACUGCUGUCCAGGAGUUUCAUCCCUGUGGGCUAAAUUGUGGUUUCAAGUUUGUAUCAGUCAAUGUUUUACAAGCUGAUCAUCGCGAAAAAGAAAAUAAUUCUGCAUUUCCCACUGUGUAAACACAUUGCAAAUAGGCUCAGGAUAAGUCCUCCUGAUGAAGUUGGGUAGCUGAUAUUUAGAGCUUAAAUAGCGACAGGAAUCAGGACUAAUAAAGCCAAUCCAACGGCUUGUUUUACAAACGGUGGGCCUACCACAUGGAUGGGAAUUCCUAAAAUUCCAUUGUGGGGCCGACAUGGUAGGCUACACCCCAGUAAGCAUGGACCCACUUCUUUUGGACACAUUUAUUUUUGUCUCGCCUAGGGUGGCAGAAAGGCCAGGACCUGCCCUGCAUUCAAAAGUCAUGUUAAACACUAUUAUUGCACACAGUGAGUCCUUGCAAUUUAUUAUGUGACUUGUUAAGUACAUUUUUACUCCUGAACUUAUUUUGGCUUGCCAUAACAAAGGGGUUGAAUACAUGAUUCCACUUUGACAUUAUAUUUACAUUUUAGUCAUUUAGCAGACGCUCUUAUCCAGAGCGACUUACAGUUAGUGAAUACAUAUUUUUUUAUACUGGCCCCCCAUGGGAAUCGAACCCACAACCCUGGCGUUGCAAACGCCAUGCUCUAUCAACUGAGCUACAUCCCUGCCGGCCAUUCCCUCCCCUACCCUGGACGACGCUGGGCCAAUUGUGCGCCGCCCAUGAGUCUCCCGGUCGCGGCCGGCUACGACAGAGCCUGGAUUCGAACCAGGAUCUCUAGUGGCACAGUUAGCACUGCGAUGCAGUGCCUUAGACUUAUGGGGUAUUGUGUGUAACACAACGUGGAAAAAGUCAAUGGGUGUGAAUACUUUCUAAAGGCAUUGUAAGUCUCGCUAUUAUGAGUGGGAAUGCAUGGGAACAUAUUUCCUAAAUUAAAAUCACUUAGAGCUGAUUUCCUGGUGUUUUUACAGUCUUAUGUUCCCCCCUCAGAACAUGGGGGGCCAAAUAAAACCACCUGCAGGCCGAAGCUGCGGGCCGCCAGUUGGGGAACCCUGUCAUGGGACAUGGAUGACGUAGUACACAAACUGGGACCUGUUUUGGCUCGCGAGCACCACAUUCAAAACUACUGGAUGAAAUUAUACAACAGCUCUGGAGUAUCACUUUAAUACUAGUCUAAUUGAAGCUCUCAUGACAAUCAUAUGGCAUUGUUUCGUUUCCAGUGGAAUAAUAUUUUUGUUUGUGAAGACUGAUGUUGGAGAACAUUCCGAAUCCAUCCCCAUACUGAUUGACAGGGUCAGGGUGCUUGACAUUUGGGAAGUCUAAAUACUUUUGCUCAGUAAUAGCCAUGCAGUAUCAAUUCAGUUCAAUUAAAAAAACUAUUUAUCCCAGGGGGCAAUUACUUUGGACACAUGUCAGACCGCAGCAACGACGACAUGACAGCAUACCACAAAUUACAUGCCACAGACAGCAACUUCACAGCAAGAUAACGCAUGAUAUAACGCCCAAUACAUUACCACACAUAGCAGCUAAUGACCGGUCUAUCUAAAAAGUAUGUCAUGACUGUAACUGCUCUCUAGAAAUAUCAGUGCUACACAAACAGCACUGUAGGGUGAGUUGAAUUAUCAAUUCUCCUGCCACCACAGGACAGACUUCUCACAACUCCAGAGAUGUAUUUUAAAGAUUGCAUUGAGAUGACAGUGUGUGACUGCUGUGCUGAUUUUCUUAUGUACUGUACUGACGAUUUUAUCUGUACUUGACAGGGUGAACUCUGGUAGCUAUAGGUUUUCGGUGUCCUGGGUGGAUGCCAUAGGACCAAAGACAAAAUGCUGUGUGUGAGUACACCCCUAAAUCACUCCUGUUCUCUUCACUUUCACAAUGAAACAGUGUAAGCUGCUAUACUGUAUGGUGUGUAUCAUACGCUGGGACUGAAGCAGGCCUACACAGGAUUUUGCAGAAGUCAUGGUUAAAGUCAAUUGAUUUGGACAUUUUCUUUAUUUUUUUUUUUGACUUGACAAGGGCCUGACCUUUCUGACAUUGGGCUUACUCAAGUUACUUAGUUACACGUCUUGCAAUUUCCCAUGCGGUCAUAGAAACUCACCUCUUCCCUAUGUGUAAUGCUGAAGAGGGACAGGUCUCGACAGCAAUGUGCUACGUUAACAAAUACUUUAUCAUGAACCUAAUGCGCUUUUAAUUUUCCAAUAUCCUAGAUCUUGACUGUGUUUGCCAUAUGCUGUGACAUGUUCCUAACCAGCACAGUGUAUUUCUCCAUCUACUGUGCAGCCACGAGGAACAGACCCAGGGUGUUGUCCAGAGCCAUCCUGCCAGGUGCUCAGUCUCUCCACUCAAAAUGAUACCCCCCGGGCAUUUUAAUUCUCUCCCCUUCUUGCUGAACUGUGCCCUAAAUUGCUCACUCCCCCCUCCUGUAUUUGAAAGUAUUGGAUUGAUGCAAUCAUGGGGGUUUCUAUCAUAAUUAUUUCACGCCACCAGUCAAUUCUUUUUUUAAUUCAUGAUGGGGGUGGGUCAAGUGCUGGGUUAGAGAAUUGUGCUGUUUUAGAGACUUGGGCCAGGUUUGAUAAUUCUAUGUACAAUAUGAUUUUAUUUUGUAAAGGAGGGUGUUUCUGAAUGUCUUUCUCCUGUGUUCAGGUUUUUUGUCAGGUCUGAUGUUGAAAUUGGCCACCUACUGCUGGUUUCUGACUAACCACUACCUUAGUCCCGUGGUCACCUUUCCCAUCGUCUCUGCAGUGAGUUCACAUUUGGGAUGCCCCUUGACAUAUCAUUGCUAGAUGACUCAUUCUUAGUGUAGCACACAGCUUGUGCUUGUGUAUGUGUUUAGGUUUUGACAUUGAGAUUCCGUCAUGUCCUCUUACAGAAUAUACUUUUUUUGAGAAUGUGUUACCAUUCCUGGUAAUGGAGAACCUGACAAUAGUCCUUUGCAAACGUAAGGUGUAGGUCAUCCUAUCUUUCAAUCAACAUAAUUCAAUCAAUAUUCAAAGGGUUUUCCUCUGUCCUUAGGAUUAUGGUCUAAUCACAGCUCUGUACGGAAGUCUGGUUUUCAAAGACGUCAAAGUAAGUAUCCCGGCGUGAACACAUUUUAAUGAAUCGAUUGGUCUAAGAAACUGCCUCAGCUCCUGGGAACAAGGCACACUUGACAAUUGCUGAAAUUGAAGUAUGAACUUUCUCAACCCUUUAUGUAAUUUUGCAGACAGACAAAAUCAACCUCCCCUUCGAUUUUCUGCCCUAAUUUCGCUGUGCUGAUAGAGUACAUUUGUUCAAUCUGCCCAGCCCAUUCCUUUUGACACCAACUGAUUCAGAGUACUAUCAUCUAAUUCAGUUCUGAUUAGCUCGCCCCAGGCUAGAUAUUUUGAGACUUCUCUCUGAUUACGCUCCCGUUUUCAACACAAUUCCACUCGCUCAUCGAUACCCUAAAGCACGAUUUCCCCAACUCGGUCCUGGGCCUCCCCCCGGGUGCACAUUUGGUUUUUGCCCUAGUACUACACAGCUGAUUCAAAUAAUCAAAGCUUGAUGGUGAGUUGGUUAUUUGAAUCAGCUGUGUAGUACUAGGGCAAAAACCAAACUAUGCACCCAGGGUGGGCCCCAGGACCGAGUUUGGGGAAACGCUGCCCUAAAGUGUGCCACCCCAAUUUGACACUGUGUUUCUGGUGUGACAUGCCAUCAGAUAUUUGUGGUGUUAACUAAUGCUUGUCUCUUUUCAGGGCCUGGUAAACUGCUUCAUCUUCAUAGUAGCCUCCUGUGUUGUCCUGACUGGAUCACUGCUGACGGCCUUCUCCAAGGUGUAG